CAACUCGGUUUUGAUGACACUUGUUCGAGGAAUGGAGGUGGAGGAGGCAAUCAAGUUUCUUCUAGUGAUGAAAGGGAAGGGUUGCUUGCCAGAGAGUUCUUUGUUUGGGAGGAGGUUGGACUUGCGGAUGGAGAGAUCAGUAAGGGAAGCUGAAAAUGGAAGGUCCCAAUGUACCUUGACCUCAAGGAUAAGGCACGACCUUGUCAGAGGAGGAAACCUGUGUCUUGACUUCAUGGGACCUAUUUUCAGCCUCUUUAGCUUGGAGGAGUGAAGUUGUUUGAUCCCUUUAGUGACAUCUUCCGGAAACAGGCAACAGCAAGAAGCAGACUUGGGCUUGAUCAAAAGGAUGGACAUGAAGGCUAGGAUGUAUCAUCCCUUUGCUACUGGAAGGAGAUACAACCAUGGAGAAACUGGCAUCAUUCUAGUGGCACCAGAACACGAGGCUUUUAAUAUCUCAUUUAAUGAGUCUGUGUUUCAUAGGCCUUUCUUGACAGUCUACUAAUAACAUGGUGCCUGAAAGAAUAGCCCACAUGGUGCAUUGAAGAUGAAGAAAAGGUAUAUGACAUUAAAUAAAUUUGUAUGCUUAAGGGAACUGCAUAUUAUUGGAUUACAAAAGCAUAUGCUUUAUGCCAAAUUUUGAUAUUUCUUAGUCAGAUUUGCAGGUGUAUAUACUGGUCAUUCCUUGAACUGUCUUGCUGGAGAACGAUAAAUGAAAAUAGUUCACUGAUCAAGUGGUUAUUUCAGUGACAUUUUGAAGGCUGCCUUUCUGAAAGAACGUAAGUAUAGAGCUUAGACUAAAAAUCUAAGCAGAGCUUGUAGAUUGGGAAUCUUCUAUAGAGCAUUGUUACAAUGAAAAAAUUUCUUGUUAAAUAUGACCACUCUGGAAAUGUCUAAGAGUGCAGUUGUAAAAUGUCUUAUCUGGUCAUCAAGCUUCCGGAUUUAUGGUCUAGCUGGGGAAAUCUCAAAAGGUUUUUUGGUUUUGUCUGUCUGUCUCUCUCUGUCUCUCUUUCUGUCUGUCUGUUCCUGUUUUUCACCAGGAAUUAGGAAUUAUUGCCAUUUAGUAGCAAUUAUUUGGUUUAGAUAUGGUUGAGAUGAGAUAGGCCAGGUUCUAUAAUGUUGUGAAAAGUUCUGUGAGCAUUGGAAAAGACUUCUUCACAAUCAAGAAUUAAAGUUGGGGGAUCCUAAAAUUUCAGACAUUUGGUUCCUAUCAAAAAAAAUUUUUAAAAUAUUGUUGACAUCUUAAACCAUUCUUCAUCAAUUAGCAAUUGGCUUUGGAAAAGCUAAGGGCAUUUAUUUUUCUAAUGUUUGUUCCAUGAAUCAAUUGGCAAACUCCUUAGGAAGAUAUAGCAUCAUUCCUCAAAAUAUUUUGAAGAUGUUACUGCUAUAAAUGUAUUGUUUGCUUCGACACUUCUCAUGCAUCACCAUCAAGAAGAGAUGCUUUAAAUUGUUGAGCAACAACAAAUGCAUUUCUUGCAGUGCCAACCCCAAAUACCAUUUAGCAUUUCCUGUCAUUUACCUUGAUAGUCUUGAUUUUUCUUUCUAUGUCUUUUGAUUUGUCCUUGGCAGGAUGGAUUGAAAAAACUCGAACAAAGCAAACAAGUUUGUAAUGUUUGAAUAUUAUUUGAUUGCGUUUCUAAAACACAUCAUUCUUUAUUGCAUGAACUAAUUAAUUCUCUGACAAGGUUAUGGCAAUUUGACUCUGAAGGGAUGAUUAAUUCAUUUCAGCUAAAGAAGUGAGUUCUACAUGAGUUGGGAAUUGUCACAAGCACAAUUUCUCCCUUAAGAAUUUUUCCCGUUUGUGCGGCACUUAGAUGCCCUCUAAGCCAGCCUUCCUAAUCCACACGAGAUUGCACACAAAAACCAACCCAUGAGAUUACUGGGCACCAACCACAACUUGUAUUUUAUUACCUCACCAAAUAAGAACAUUAGAUGUGGCUUUCAGCAAGACAUCCACAAUAACACUAGUGAGUUCCUGCUUACUCCUCUACUCUCUAUCUUUGUGUCUUUGUGCGUGUGUCCCAGGAGACUCUCUAGUCCUCCCUUUUUAUAUAGUGGUGCCACCCACUCCUUGUUAGAUUAGGAGUACACAAUCCUAGUUCUACUUGGACUCUUUCUGAUAGUCUAUGACACCAGCUACUCCGACUAGGAGUCCUAGUCUUACUUAGACUACAAUUACAAUAGGAAUCAAGACUCCUACUCAUGCUCGACUUGCAAUCCCACUGAGUCUAACUCUUCAUGUUGUUGUCGGGAGUGCCUAUAUAUGUAGCUCAUGUGCAUGCCAAACCCUCUCUUAGUCUACACGUUUAAGUCUCAUCCAUGCCGAGGUAACCGGUUGCCUUUGUUCCAUGCCCAUGCUGCCCCAUGUCAUUGCGCGCAUGGGUUACAUCACAUCUUGACUCCCUACCUAUGGUUGCAUGCUUUGGCAAGGAUUACUACCGCCCCUUGCUCAUGUUUGAAGCCCACACCUUACACCUUCCUACUGCUGCAAUGUCUCAUCCUAUCUUGGUGCAGUAACUUGUCAUAGCAUUGUUCCCAUGGCUCACUAAUCUGCUGUAGUGUAUCUAGGCAACCUACUGCGUGCAUCCAUCUUGUUGCUGCUAUGACUUCAUGCCUUGCUCAAGCCCCCUCUCCUUGGUGCAGCAAUGAGUCAUGGCAUUGCGCCCAUGACUCCAUCCAUGCACAAGGCCUUACGCCCUUGUGCAUAGCAUCCUGCAUCAUGUCUUGAGUUGGUUUCGUUGCUACUGCAUCCUCAUGCCGCAUCCAAGCAACAAACAAUGGCAUUCGCCCAUGGCUCUUUAAGUUGCUCAGCACAAGGCAUUGUGCCCUUGUGCCACCAUCAGGAUGGGAGUUCGCAUCACACCACGCGCUGUUGUAGCCACGGGUUGUACACCACCACAUGUUGUGGAGCCCAUGUUGGGUGCUAACAAGGCUUAGCCCAUUUGCCUUCUUCGUGUCAGAGGCCUUGCAUUGAGGCUGCUUGGUGUGGCCACGCCCAUGCCACCUUAAGUCACCUACCUCCUCCUGUUCCCCCCUACCCCCCAUUCCACCUUAAAGAGAAUUUUAGACCAUUUUAGAUAUUUAUGGAGGAGAUAUCAUAUAUGCUUGAGGAAGAAUAAUGAAUUUAUUAAAUAAUUAGAAAAAUACUCUCAUGCUUCUUGUGUGCAUGCGCCCUGUGCAUGUAGCUGUUAUGUGUGUGGUCCAUGAGCGAUGCCUUGCACCCACCUAAGUGUUGCCUUUCUGAUGCCACAAACCCUCCAUCACCUUGCCUCUUUCCUCAAGGCUUCCCCCAUGGGUGCAAGGUGUUCACCCAUGAGGCCCUUGAUGGCUUUAGCGUCCGAGUAAGGGCAUGGGUGCUAAUAGGAAUCCCAUUGAUCAGUUGAUCUGGUCAUAUGAUUGACAUGAAUUAAAAGUAAUCUUAAAUUUCAAAGAGAAUGAAGUUUUCCCUUGCUUGUAUGGUUUGGAAAUUCGGAAUGUACAACUGUGUUAUAGCUGUGUCAUGGCUGUGGUACAGUUGGAUUUCCGAUUCUAACUUAGUCCUCGAUUUUAUGAGAGCCUUUCUCUCCUAAAAUCAAGGAUUAGAUUUUCUUUUUCUAGGGGAGAUGACCUCAAUCAUUAAUGUAUGAAUAUUGGUACUAUAAUCAGUUUGAAUAUAGAGAAAAAGAAGUAUUUUUUCUCCCUCAAAUUUCUUCAUGGUAUCAAAACUGAAUCUGAACUAUUCAAUCUGUUCAUGACCAAAUACGGAAAGGCCACCAAGGACUCCUCAACCUUAGAAGUCACCUCAACUCAAGAAGCUCCUAUUCCGAGCAACAAUGGAGGAUCAGAUGGUGCUGUCUUUCUCAUUACUGGAUGCAAACUGAAUGGUAGAACUAUCUUCAAUGGUCUCAUGCAAUCAUGAUGUUUAUAUGUGGUAGGGGAAAAUUAACUUGAUUUUGCCUUAGCUAAUUAACUUGAUGAACAAUGACAUAGGGGAAAAUUUUAUACUUAAUGAAACGACGCAAGAAAUUUGGGAAGCAACAAGGGAGACUCAUUUCAAUAUAGAAGACAUAGUAGAGGCAUUUGAAAAAGAAGGGAUCCUUCAUGAUUUACGCCAAGGUGAUUUGUCUGUCACUCAAUAUUUCAGUCUUCUAACUUGCUAUUGGCAGUAGUUGGACAUGUUUGAAACCACCAAAUGGGAUUGCCUAAUGGAUGCAAUUAAAUACAAGAAGAUUGUUAAGAAGAAACAAACUCACAAAUUUUUAUUAGGGUUGAAGAAAAAUUUGGUUGAAGUUCGAGGUAGAAUGUUGGGAACUAAUCCUUUACCCAACAUCUGAGAAGUUGCCUCAAAAGUGCGUCGAGAAGAAAGUAGAAAGAAAGUCAUGUUGUGGUCACAAACCAACCAACCUAUCAUUUAAGGUUCAGCCCUAGUGUCUCGAGGUCCUCUCCAUCUUUCUAGUGACAAUCGACCAAGAAAAAGGAGGCCUUGGUGUAAUCAUUGCCGAAAACCAAGUCAUAAUAAGGACACAUACUGGAAAAUCCAUGGGAAACUCGCAUAUUGGAAGCCGUCACGUCCUCAAAAUGAUAGAGAAAUCCGAGAACACCAUGUCACCAUUGAGUACAACCCAACACCAUCUAAUUCUGGUCUGUUCAGCAAAGAGCAAUUGAAACUGUUGCAAAAAAUGUUCAACCAAUCCCAACAGGGGUUAAAUUCCUCCAAUUCUAUCAGCGGGUUCGGAUCCUUAACCCAAAAAGGUAAUUUCUUGUUGCCUUGAAAGUAAAAAGGAAAAUUUGAGUCAUUGGAUUGACUCAAGAGCUUCUGAUCACAUGGUUGGAGAUGCCACAAUUUUUCAAAAUUACACACCUUAUUCUAAGAAAUAUAUGGCUCGUAUAGCUGGUUCAUAUAAUUGAUGGUUCUCUCUCCAAGGUGACUGGUGUAGGUUCUAUUGUCAUCUACAAGGACCUAACUCUUGAGUUUGUUCUUUUGGUUCUAAACUAGGAUUGCAAUUUGUUGUCCAUUAGUAAACUCACUUGGGCAAAAAAUUGUAUUACUAAAUUUUUCCCAAACUAUUGUGUUUUUAGGAUUUGAAUUCAAGGAAGACAAUUGACCAUGUUGAUAUGUGUUUGGGACUUUAUAGCUUCAAAGUGAGUGAUUAUAUUGAAAGACAACUUCAACCCCCAAUUGGUGAAAAACAGUCUCUUUCUGUUUUUAGUUCUAAUAAAGAUAGUAAUGUUACAUAAUGACACUAUCGUCUAGCACAUCCUAGUUCUUGUAUUGCAAAAAACUCUUUCCAUCAUUAUUCAUUAAAAGUUCAAAUGUUUUUCAGUGUGAAAUUUGUCAAUUAUCCAAGCAUGUUUGUAAGUCCUCUCCAAUUCAACCAUACAAAUCAACUUACCAUUUUUCCAUGCUACAUAGUGAUGUUAGGGGCCAUCUAGAAUAAAGAACAUAAUAGGGGCUAGAUGGUCUGUGUCCUUUGUAGAUGAUCAUACUAGAAUUUCUUGAAGUUUUACAACAUGAUCUAGACCUAGGCCAAAAUACAAGUUUUGAAAACUGAUAAUGCUAGAAAUUAUUUCAAUUCUAUCCUUGGGGAAUUCUUAUUAAGAAAAGAUAUAGUUCAUCAAAAUUCUUGCAUUGAUAAUCCGCAACAAAUUGGGAUAGCCAAGAGAAAGAAUAGACACUUGUUAGAAGUUGUAAGGGCCCUUAUGUUCUCUACCCAUGUCACAGAGAGUUUUUGGGGAGAAACUGUACUUAUUGCAACCUAUCUCAUCAAUAGAAUGUCUUCCUGUGUCUUGAGUUUCUAAACACUAGGCAAACUCUUUCUCAAAUCAUACCUUAGGACUUGGCUCAUCUCCUCCAUUCCAUCUAAAGUGUUUGGUUGCUCAACCUUUGUUCACGUUCCCCAACAUCAUUGAAGUAAGCUUGAUCCUAAGGCCAUUAAGUGUAUUUUCCUAGGAUACUCUCCAAACUAGAAGAGCUAUAAGUGGUACUCUCCCAUCACAAUUAGGUUCUACAACUCCAUGGAUGUGAUAUUCUUUGAAAAUCUGCCCUAUUACUCCAAAACCAAUAUUUAGGGGGAGAAUGGAAUUCAGGAAGACCAGUUUUGGGAAAUAGAAACCAUGACCAAACCUCAAACACUUGAGUCUGUUAUAGUUCACAACUCAAAUCCUAUCUCUCUUGCUCCAAAUCUCCCGCUCCAAACUACUGAAUUUGUAGACAUUGAAUUGAGUACUCCUCUUUAGGGUUAACAGCUAUGUUACAACUACAGCUGUGUCACAGCUAUGGUACGGUUGUAUUUCCAAUUCUAACUUAUUCCCUGAUUUUAUGAGAGCCCUUCUUUUCUAAAAUCAAGGAUUAUAUGUAUUUUUUUUAAAGGCAGAUUGCCUCAGCCAUUCAUAUAUAAAUAUCGGUACUAUAAUCAGUUCGAAUAUAGAGAGAGAAAUGUUUUUUUUUCUCCCUUAAAUUUCUUCAUAUGGUCUUUCCUAAAUGAGUGAAACGGGUGCUUCAAAAUUGUUGGAUCCUUGUGAAUCUGUAAUUGACAAUUUCUGAAAAUAAUUUGGUGGAUGUGGAGGGAAGAAUGUGGCUUUCCUUUGCAGUUUUCUGGUAAGGUGCUUUGUAUACAAUUCAUAUGGGUAGCGAAGUAAUAUUAGAAGAAUGUGGCUUUCCUUUGCAGUUUGCUGGUAAGGCGCUUUGUAUACAAUUCAUAUGGGUAGCGAGGUAAUAUUAGUUUAGUGUAGGAAAAUUGAUGAGUUUGGGAGAGUAUGUAUAUUAUUGCCAUUGCAGGAAGCUCCGGGACUUACAGAAAGAGGAAUCUUGAUCCUCUGGAAUGUGACUCCAGUUGUCUUCUUCAAUUUGGUAUGGGUUGGCUUGGUGACCGAUGAUGUAAACCUUUUCAGAGUUUGCUAAGUUACUGCAGACUUCUGCCCUGUUGAGGAAUGGUUGUGAUUUGUGAGCACAGAGAAACACUGAUUACAACAUCUGUCUCAAAUGAUAGCUGCAGAGACAAGUCUGGUAAAAUUAUAGAAAUUGUGGGCACUGAUGUUAGUGUUUCUGCUGCUGCUCCAGUACCAUAGCAAGAGUUGCAAAGUACAUCUUUGGAGGGAUCAGAUCAACAAGAGGACUUUGAUUGUGGCAUCUGGAUGUUAUGAUUGGAAAAACUCAACAAAGAAACAAGUUUGUGAUGUUUUUGAGUAUUAUUUGGUUGCAUUUAUGGAAUGCGUAAUUCUUUUUCGUACGAAGUAAUCAUUAUUGCCUUUUCUACAUUUAUGGAAUCCAGGUUAUGGCAAUUUGAAUCUGAAGGGAUGAUGCAUUGCGUUUCAGCUUAAGGGAUGAGUUCUACAUGAGUUGGGAAUUCUGUUGAUCAUCGGUUCUGGUCAUAUCAUGACCAUGAAUCAGAAAUAAUCUUGAAUUGCAGAGAGACUAAAGCUUUUCCCUGCUUGUAUUGCCUUUUCUACAUGGGCGAAACAGGUGCCUCGAAUUUUUUAGAACCUUGUGAAUCUGUGAUGGAUGGUUUCUGAAAACAAUUUGGUGGGGGUACGGGAAAAGAAUGCGGCUUUCAUUUUCAGUUUGCUUGUAAGGUAAGUAUACAAAAAUUGAUGAGUCUGGGAGAGUAGCAUGUACAUUGCCAUGGCAGGAAGCUCCAGGAGUUACGGGAAGAGGUAUCUUGAUCUUCUGGAAGGUAACUGCAGUCAUCUUCUUCAAUUAAUUGUUGGUUGGAUUCAUGACCCAAGUCGAAAACCUUUUCAGGGUUUGCUACUUACUACAGACUGUCGCCCUGAAAAGGAAUGCUUGUGAGCACAGAAAACACUGAUUAAAACAUCUUUCUGAAAUGAUAGCUGCAGAGACGAGUCAGGUAAAAUUAUGGAAAUUGCAGGCACUGGUGUUAGGUUUUCUGCUUCUGCUGCUGCAGCUCCAGUUCCACAGCAAUGGUUGCAUAGUAUGGUGUCUAUGGAGGCAUUGUGGGGGCAGGUAAAGGGAUCAGAUCAAGAGGACUUUGAUCGAUUGUGGCAACCAGGUAAGAAUCUUGAUUGCCAGUUUUUCUGUUUGCUGAUGAGAAUGAUGAUAUAGCAAUAUGGAUGAAUGUUUUGGAUCAUUUGGUUAGGGAAAAUGCUAUAAAUUUGUAUGUCUUUCUUGUUACUCUGUGUUUUUGAGAGAGCAAUUGAUGGUUUUGGAAUGGUUUUUGUUGCUUCUACCUUGAGAUUUGGUAUAUGUUCAUGGUUGUAAUUACAAAAAUUGAUUGAGAUUAUUGUUUAGUCUUCUUCUGUCUGAACCUCUGUGGAUUCUGGAUUGCCGAACUUAAGGUGACCGGAGGAACUCUGCUUUGCUUUAUUAUUCAAUAGAAAAAAAUGUGAUCUAGGAGCAUUUGUUCUGAUUUCCUUUGUCAAGGUAUUAAAUUUUCUAGUGAUCCAAACAUUCUUCCUGAACUAUUUCUAACAAAUGAAAUUUCAAAAGAACAGGCUUUCAGAGGGAUAGAGAAACAAACCCUCAAAAUUUAGUCAAGGGCUGUUUGUCAACUGUUUUAAAACAAUUUUCUAACUUAAAAAACACUUUUGGCAAGAGUUUUUUGAAAAUUUAUAAUGAAAGCAUGUUUUUUGAAGCAGAUUUGAGAUGUUUUCAGGUGUUUUUUGUAGAGCAUUUGAAAAUAUGAAGAAUAUUUUUGAAACAUAUGCAUUGUACAUAAGUCUAUAAUUUCUUCAUGGAUAAUGAACCGAGAAUAUUUUCUACGCUUGUGUUUUCAAAUAGGAAGAAUUGUUCUUAAAAAUUGGUUUCUGAGAAUUGUUUUUGAAAACGUUACCAAGAGGCCUUCGAGCUUUUUAAUCGAUUGAAGAUUUCCAUCACCCUGAAGCUGGCCACUGUCAUAUUUCCGGUUGCAUUCAUCUUUUGUAUAACCAAAGACGGAGGAGGGCCUUGUCAUAUCUGAAUGCCACAAAGUAUCUGAAAACCAGAGAUGAUAAAAUAAGAGAAGGAAACUAAAUAGAUAGAAAUUUAUUAUGGCUAGUGGAGGAACUGAAGUCCUGUUUGGUUACAUUGGAAAGGGAUGAGAACUGAAAGAAUCCUGUUUGGUUGCAUGGAAAGGCUGGGGACUGAAAGAAUCCUGCUUGGUUGCUUCACAAAGCCAUGGAUUUUGAGCUGAAUUUCAACAGUUUAAAGUGUAAAAGCUUAGAUUUUUUUCUUUACUUUAGAAGACUUGGAAUCUAAUUUCAAAUCAUAUUCUUCCCAAGAAAACAGCCUUUAACCCAAGAAAAUUGAAGACAAAGGAAGCUAUAUGAUCACCCACAACAACCAUGUUCCACCUCAUAAUACCUAAUUUUCUCUAAAUUGCUUGAAAAUAUACCUUGGAUCAUAGCCUUGAACCACACUCAAUUGAAAAAUUCAUAGGUUUAACAAUAUUUUGCAUUAUUAUAAGGCCCUUGUUUGGGUAGUGUUAAGCUUUGGUUUCUAGUAGUAGAACUUUGGGUUGGAAAGUACGAGUGGUUGAAAGCUCUGUCCAAACAAUUUCAAACAUUACAUUUAACCUUCAAAUGCUAUUUCAAUUAUUUGUAUUUUACUAUUUUGAAUGAUUUUUAUUUUUUUUAUUUUUUUAUUUUUUGUGUAAACCGUUUUAAAAUACCUAUUAUAUCUUUAAAAAAUUAUGAUUUUGGCUUUGAUUUCAACUUUUAAUUAAAGUCAAACAAAACCGACUCAAACAGGUCUUAUUACAUUUUUACCUUACUAUACUAAAUCAUUUUUACUUGCAUGUAUGGCUUGAACAAGGAAAAAAAAAAAAGGAGGAUGAGGAUUUGGUAUUUAAUUAGCCAUGCAAGUUUGGUAUUUUCCUUUUUUCCAGACAAAGUAGCUAAGAUUCCUAAACUGCAUUCAAGCAAAAUUGAUUAAAUACACAACCAUUGCUGACUUUACCCCCAGGAAAGGAAGAUACCAAAACCUUCUCCACCCCCCCAUAUCUCCCACCCAAAUUGUUAUACCUUCCUCUCAACCUCCCACACCCUGUAAAGCCAUCACCAUAAACCUAAAAAAAGCCAUAGCUCACCCCUUUUCCGACUGUAUGUGGUCGCCCUCUCCGGCCACCACCACGAAUGCCUCCCAGGAAACUAGUCGUCGGGUCCGGCCAGAAAACCCACCCCCUGGUCUGGUGCGCGGCCGUCAUCUGCGUCUUCAUCGCCCUUGCCGUCAUCGUAGCUGGGGUCUGCGUCUUUGUCGGGUACCUGGUGAUACACCCCCGGGUGCCUGCCUUGACAGUCACAGAUGCCCGCCUGGACAGGCUCGACUUCUCGCAGGCCGGCGUCAUGGACGUCCAGAUGACCGUCUACAUCCGCGCUGAAAACCACAAUGCCAAGGCGCACGCCUCCUUCUCAGACACCAGCUUGACGAUGAGCUUCCACGAAAUAGAAAUCGCGAAGCUGGUGGCCUACCCUUUCGAUGUAAGCAAGAACAGUUCCAUUGAUUUUAACUACGUGGUAGAGUCCAGUUCAAUUCCGUUAGGGUCACGGGAUAUGGACUUUGUGGACAGAUCGUUGAAGGAAGAUAAGAUAAAGUUUGAUCUGAAAGGGAGUUCAAAAACACACUGGAGAAUUGGGCUUCUGGGGUCGGUGACGCUUUGGUGCCAUUUGAACUGUGAGCUUCGGUUUCAUCCUUCAAAUAGUAGUUACAUCCAUUCAUACUGCAGCUCAAAGUCAAAGUGAUGUCGUUUAUUUGAAAUCUUUUGCCUUUGUACAUUCUCUCCAAAAUGAGGCUGAGACAACUUAAUGAGGUUCUUUUGUAUCAAAAAAUAACUACCGUUUCUUUCAUAAUAAUUAUAUUAAUAAGAACAGAAGUUUUUUUUUUU